UCCCCAUGGCUUCGUCCAAAGAACAACAAUUGGAAACAGAGAACGACACAAUUAAAUGUCCACUUUGCUUCGAACCAUUCACAGAACCUAAACUACUGGAUUGUUUACAUACUUUUUGCAAGGACUGUCUUGAAAAGCUUUGUGAACACACUGGAGAUCGAAAGAUAAUUUUGUGCCCUCUUUGUCGACAUGAAUAUUCGAUACCUAAAAAUGGCAUUGAUGGGAUCAAACAUAACUACUAUAUGGAAAUGCUGCUCAAAGAAAAAGAAGCUCUCUGUCAAGCAUGCGAGAACGGCGACAAAGCGACAAAGCGAUGUUUUGAUUGCGACCAGAACCUUUGCCCAAAUUGUUACAGGAUUCACCAAAAUUUGAAGACAACCAGGUCGCAUCGAAGCGGUGAUAUUGGUAAUGAAAUCCAAGGAAUGCAAACGCAGACUUUUUACUGCCCAAGGCAUAGAAAAGAAGAACUUAAGUUUUUUUGUUGUCAGUGCGAGACUAAUAUAUGUCGUGAUUGUAAACUUACGAAACACGAAGGGCAUAAAACAGAAGACUUAGAUAUCAUUGCUGAAAAUUCGAAGAAGGCAUUGGACUCAAAACUGAAGAAUUUGACCAACUUAAAUGAAAUGUUAUUAACUACAAGAGAAGACUCUAUGAAGGUACUAAAAGAUCUUAAUGGGAAACGAGAUAAUCUUAUUCAGUCUAUCAAAGAACAAACACAACAUAUUGUUGAGCGCAUUAGAACGCUUGAAGGCAAAUUGGUCAACGAAGUAGACACUCAUUUUGAAAAAGAAAAAUCGUUUCUGGAAGACAAACAUUCUGCCAUUGCUCAAUCCACCGUUUCCCUAAAAUGCCAGUGUGUCUAUAUUCAGCAAGUUCUGAAGCAUGGGGUACUACCCGAUGUAACACAAGCUAACGCUUCCUUACAGAACUUGAAAAUGAAGGAACUCUGCAGUGAGCAAUGCACAGUAAAUUCCUAUACUCUUCCAGUAUUUGUUCCUUCUGGGUUCGAAGCUCAAACCCAAACUAUCGGAAAGUUAAAUUUUACAUCAAUCGAUUUAACACUCCAGGAAACACUCCAUUUUCAAAGCGAUUGUCCCGUCAACAACGUGAUUUCAGAAAUAUUUCCAUCCCUGGAUGGAGAGGAAUUGCGAUUUUCCAAAGCACCAAUAUGGAUCUCUGUUGAAGAGAAAAAAGGAGAAAGCAAGUCACCCUUUUCUAAACCAGAUCUCCGCUCUGUGACUUUGAGCAACAAGGGCGAGAUCAUGAUACUUCUAACAGAAAACCGUGUGGAGACUUUGUCAAGCAGCGGUGAGACGUUAAAUAUUGUUGAACUGGAGUAUGUCGUAUCUGCUGAUAGAAUGGCACUUGGUGGAGAUAAAGUGUACUGUUUAGACAGGUCAAAACAAAGUAUUGCGUGUUUUACAAAGGAUUUUGAUUUUUUCCGAUCUGUUGGUCCCUCUAAAUCAUAUCUGGCUACUUUUGACCCAAUAUCCAUUUGUUGCGAUAGAAAAGGAAACGUUUUUGUAUGUGAUUACCAGAACGACCGCGUCUGUUGCCUUAUUGGUUGGCAAUUUAUAACAGUUAUCAGAGGAAUCCAACGCCCUGUAGCAGUUGCUGCAGACAGCCGAGACAGACUCUGGGUCGGGAAGCAGAACGGAGAAAUUGUAAUUUACGAAAUUAAGGAAAAACUCUAG